AUGCAACUAUCUUCUUUCAGGGCUGUCCAAAGACUUGGCCCGAUUGGCGGCAAGGUCGUGGCAGUAAUAUGGGCAAUAAAUUGGCUCUUCCUUAUCAUCCUCGAGUGGCUUCGUCCCGCCAAGAACAUCGACCGCGUGCCCUUCCUCUAUGCUGCCCAUGGAUUCUCAGAGAAUGAUCAAACCCGACGUGAAAAACCAUAA